AUGGCGCCGUUGCCGUCGCUGGAUGAGGACAUCGAUUUCUUUCGUGUCAAGGGGUAUGUGACGGAGCCGAAGGCCUGCCUCAGUUGCAAGCCUUGGAAAAACUACCUCUACGACGCCCUGAAACUCGAAGCUGGGUCCAUGAACAAACAGGAGAGCGUUGGAUUCAAUUUUCAGUUUUUCCGCAACGGCACCUACAGGCUCGCCUGGACUCGGACUUACGAUGCGUGGUCCUCACAGGGCGAGCAGCACUAUGGCAAGUGGCAUACGGUGAUGGACCAUGUGUGCUGCGAGACUCUCGAGCCCCCAGUUGAGGCUCAGGAGACGGAGAUGAGAUAUGCACCAGCGGGCUACAAGUUUGCUGUGCCAAUCGAGGACAUUUUGAGCGCGCAAGGCCCGGAUGUGGCUUAG